UGUAACAAGAUGAAAUAAAUCACCGAUGAACAACUGAAGAGUUAACGUUUAACAUUGCACAACACAAAACAAAUUUAAAGCGUUUGAUGGAAAGACACAAUUUGAGGUGAAGUAUAGAGUUAAAAAGCCAAAGAAGGUAGCAGUUUGUCAUGAGAAAGUGAAUCUCAGUGAAAUAAAUUGCUGAACUGAACAAUAGUUUCGUAACAAACUGAUACAUAAGCCGAGAUUCGGUACCCUAAACGUCUACCUUCGAUAAUUAUGCGAAAAAUAUUAAUCUUCAGCUGUCAAAAUACUUGUAAUUACGUGUUGCCCAUUUCAAUUUUAUUCACGUUUUCCAUGGUAAUUUACUUGGCAAUGUUCAAGUCUUUAGAUGAAAUAGUUCUGCAGACUAAAACAACCCAAACCAAUAGAUAUUUUAAAGGAAGAACGAUUCAUAUCGUAACUCAGUUUCCAGUAAUGCAUCAUGAUCAAUAUGAGAGACAAAAGGAGUACAUUAAUACCUUAAAAUUGAAUCUAAAUCAUUCCCUUGUGGAAAGAAUUCAUCUUCUUUUAGAAAAUGAUCACGAUGAUGAAUACAUAAGCAAUUUAACAACGACGAGCAACAUAAACAAAAUACGUUAUCAUCCUCUAAACCGUCGAAUGCGCUAUGGUGACGCAUUUCGUUAUAUAUCCCAAUUUCUUCUAAAUAAAACCGCGAUUAUAAUGAAUGCUGAUUGCUACUUGGGACAUGGUUUCCAAAAACUGAAUGAAAAAAGUCUGAGGCGUGGUACUAUUUACGCAUUGACAAGGCACGAAAGAAAUAAAUAUUGUAAAGAGAACGAUUUAUGCUCAGCCCAGGCCAGAUACAUCGGUUCCCACGAUGCGUUCGUGAUGAACCUUGUCAGACCUUUGUCGAAAAAAGUUUUGAACACAUUAAUGGUUCGUCAAAAUAUUGUCGGGGUGGAAAAAUUCGUGAUUUACACAUUGAGAGAACAUGGAAAAUAUAAAAUAAAGAAUCCAUGUCAUAUAUUGGUCAUUUAUCACAAUCACUGUUCGGGAUUCAGAAAAUUACCGGCAAGGCUUAUAAAUGGAAAGAGAUUUAAUGUGGAGUAUUUGAAAAAUGUAUCCCAUUGGAAAACUAUAGCUCCUUUUUCAGGAUUAUAAUUGAAAACAUAGACUUGCCAACUUUCUACCAAAAAGACUUCGCUUGACAAAACAUGCCGAUUGUCGCAAAUCAAUCCUUAAUACAAUAUUAGCUUGCUUUGAUGGUGAGUAAACACAUUGACUUACCGGAAAGAAGAAAAACACGUCUUUUUAACUUUCACCUUUGGAUAGUAUUUGAGAUUCCACUCUUGCCUUGAGAUCAACGAAAGUUUGUAUCAAGCGUUCAGGAUUUGUAAAGAAAUGUAUAAAUAGCCGUCGUUCCAUGGGAUUCAAAGAAUCGGCGCUUAAAACCUAGGAAUAUAAGAAAUCGAACAUGCGUUUUUAAAUAUUAAAGAAAGGACAGAUUAUAAAAUGAUCAAAUGAAGAGACAUUAUUGACUGAACUCACUCGUUUCUUAGAUUCACGAUCUUUUUUUACAUCCAUGACAGAAUUUUCCAACGUUGUCAAAAAAUCAAGUAGCUGAUCUAUUCCAUUAGAUAAAGCCUGCACAAAUAGAGAAAAUAAAAUGCAUCAAUGUUGAAAUAUCACACGUGUAGGAACGAAAAUCACGUAGUGCUUUUUUGAGAUCAAAACAAUUAAGGUAUCGAACACGUGACAUCGACAUGGAGGGAACUGGUGUAGGGGUAGGGGGGUGGGGGGGUGGAGGACAUAUGUAGUCUACAUUGAACCCCACUUUCAACCCUUGUUAUGAAAUUGUAUUUAUUUAGAAUAGAAAACUGACCAUAAAUAAUUUAAUAAACCAUUGGCUUAUCGACUGCACAA